AUGACCAAGGCGGUCAUCUCGGACGACGAAGUGGUGGACGCGCAGGUCCUCCACGAGCUGCGCGGACCCACCAUCGCGCACCCGUUCCGCUUCUUGGGCGUGAAGUGGCUCAGCCGGCCGGACGGCUCCAAGCUCGGCCACUUCCUCAUCCACUCGGUGAUGCUACCGCAGUACCCGGAGCUGCGGCGCGAGCUGGGCCUUGUGCGGGCCCGAGUGUCCUCCUGCGUGCUGCUGCAACAGCGAGAAGGGGACCCAAAUCAGGUGGACGUCUUCAUGACGGGACGAGUGUCCGCCCAGGGGCGAGUGCUGGACAGUCUCGCGCUGCUGUCCACGGCCAAUGGACUCACGUACUUCUGGAAGGCAGGCGUCUGCGCGCAGCGUCGCAAGUUGGCCUGGAGACUGCAACACAAGCGCAAGCUGCCGCCGACGGGGGCGGUGGUGCCACCGGAGCAGUGUCCGCUAUGCACGAAGGGUCUGGAGCGAGCCUUCAGCUCCCCGACGCGGUGCGAAAUGUGCGGCGUCCGCAUGUGCGCGCGCUGCAGCGUGAGCCAGAAGCUGCUGUUCCCGGGGGCGUUCGGCAGCAAAGAGACUCACGCGGUCACGGUGGAGCUCUGCCCGCCCUGCAUCACGCGCACGACUGAAGAGGACGCGAUGGCCAUCGCUCGGCAGGAGAUCCGAGCUGGACAGUACGGCGCGCUUAAGUCCCCCAGAGGCGUCACGCAGCGCAACCGCGCGUUCAACGUCGUCAAGCCUCGUCGCCGCAGAGUGGACUUCUCCGCUUCGGCUGGCCCGCCGGUGUCGACAAACCCGCUGCGUAGACAACCGAGGCCGGACUUUGCUGCUUCUGCUGGACCUGCGCGGACUAGAGGCGACGAGAGCGAAGAUGACAGUGAAACAGUGACGCGGCAGUCGCUGCAGGCCCUGGACAACUUGCUAGAGAACUCCAAGGGGCCCAACGACCAGCAGGAGGACGUUCUCACAGGAAGUGAAGGUGAGCCGAGCUAUCCCGUGACGCCGAAGCAAGCGCCGAUGACGCUCGCAGACCUCGAAGGCCCCGACAGUGGCGACAAAGUUCCAGCACAAUCUAUUCCACAAGCACCGGCCAAGAGCAGCUCAACUCCACUCUGGAAGAGAAUGUCAGCGCUGCAAGUGAUGGCCGAGUCCACCUACCGCUACACCAAGAAGACGACGGAGAAGACGCUGCACUUGAGUCCCAGCGGUUGCUCGCCAACGUACACAUCAUCUCCGCCAACCAGACCCUGA